AUGUUGGGCAGGACGCUUAGCAUGGCCGUAUCCUCGGUCAUCUUGAUCUAUCAUGCGGCAACAGCAUAUCUAUGCACCUUUCUCACCAGCGAUCCGCUGUACAUGUCCUUCAGCGUGACUGCAUAUGCCUGGUAUGGCUGUGCCUUGGCUAUCCUAGGAAUCUACGGAUCCUAUAAGAAAUCACCCACACAUUUGACAAUCUUCUCCAAUCACCUGCUCAUCGACACGGUACUCUCGCUCGUUCCUAAAUUCGGUCUUGUUUAUCUCUUCUACGAUGUUACUGCAGAUCUCUGCUUCACCAGCAAGCUCAACACGUCAUUUUGGUUCCCUUCCAGCGCCGCGGAUCUUCACGGUUCCGGCCGCGUCAUUCAGACUUCAUCUACCGAACAAACCCUUGGUGCGAGUAUCAAGGCACGCCGCCACUGCGAAACGGACGUCCUCAUAGCCCAGAUUGCCUUUGGUGCUGUGCUAGUCUUCUGGACAAUUGCUCAGUGGGGUAUGGGCUUGAGCGUGCGUCGAUAUGCUCUCAGGCUAGAAUUGCAGAACUACAACUCAAUCCAACGCAACGAGCGCUUGGACGAAGAGAAGGCUCUCUAUAAAGACGAAGGCUAUGCCGACGAGUAUCAGGAUCAUGUCCACAUCGUCCAGCAACUGAAACCCUCAGAGAAAGACAGCGUCACUGUCAUUGAGAUCGCUGAAAAGCACUCCUGA